GAGUCAGACUGGAUCCAUUACUUCCUGCUUUUACGAGGAAGACCAAGAAAUUUCGGUCAAUAACGAAGAAGUUGUUCAGCUUACGAACAUCAACACCCCAGAAGGACAGAAGUGCUCGCAGAGACGGGAUGUCCGUGAUGGAGAAUGCGAUAGUCCGUCCAGUGACUGGAGUGGCCUGGACGUCCAACACCAGCACCUGCCCCAAAGACUUCAUCCUGAUCAGCAUCACAGAAGAUGGAACGGCAGCAAACUUUACACGCAGCUUCGCGAUGAAGGCUGGAUAUUACCUCUGUUACUGCAAGGACCUGGCUGGAGGAAUGGUUGUGACUGACAUUCAGAUUAUUUCAGACAAGGACUCCAUCCCUCACGGUUACUGCUUUAUCCCGGAGCACCUUGAACCGAAAGCCACUGUUUCGAAGAAAAAACGCGUGUGCGUGCGCGUCGCUCCAGUGGGCAGCGUGGACACAGCUGUGUUGGACAUCAAACUGACAGCCAAAAGCAAAAUGAUGCUGCAGCAUUACACAUACGUCGGAGACAUCAAUGGCUAUGUGCUGUGGUGCAGAAAGGGGCAUUUUACCAGCCCCACGCCACAAGCCAAGCCCCGCCGUGUCAGCCUGGACAUGCGCACACUGUCUCUGGAGCAGCCGUCUGCUCCUCUGCCCCUCAGACCCAGCAACCCUCCUCCAGUCCCACCAGUGCCAAAUAGCAGACUGAGCAAUAGACGCUGCAACCUCCACACCAAGGACACUACUGACAACAGCAUCCAGGGAAUAACAGCUCUAGAUGGAGUUCCCUUUAGCCUGCACCCGAAAUAUGAUUUCCAGGCAAAUGAGACGGCUCCUCAGCUCAACUCUCAACUAAACAAUAUUCGUAUAAAGUCUCUCCAAGACAUUGAGAAUGAGUACAACUACACCUUUGUUGUGGAGGAAUCUGCUGCCAAGAGGACCAGACCAUCUGUAUCAACAGGAGGUGCCACACCAGCUCAAUGACCUCUACACCUCUACACUUAUCUGUUUCUGUUAUUUAAAUCUGUCCAAAGGGGAAACACCUCAGGUUCGGAUGAAGGACAAUCAUUUACAUUUAGGGUUAUAUUGUGAAGCUUUAAAACAAUACAGGUGGAAAGAAUGUAUUAUAACUAGGCCCAUUAAAAGCUGGACAGUCUGUUCUGUUCUCAUGAUUUCCAACCUCUAGCGUACAAAGUUUUAAUUGGUCAAAGAAAACACUCAUUUGAAUUAGAGUCCCCGUGUAACAUGUCUUUAAAGUUGUUACGGGGUUUAUUAUACAAUGAAGCUAAGCCUGGUGUCUCUGCUUUUACCUUAAUUUAAACUUAAUUUUGAGUACUUCUAUGCUAAAAAUAAAGAUGCACUUUGUGAUUGAAGAUAUGCCCUCCCUGCCUUGGUAUGUUUCCUGAUAUUUUUGACUGUUACUCAUCUUUGAUUUUUCGUAUCUAUAAGGAUUUCUCAUACCGAACUGUAAUAGUAGACCAAAUAGUCUGAUGCAUUUUGCUAACUCAGUAGAUACACUAACAUAUCUAAAUGUAAAAUAUAGUGCAUUAGACAUUUGAAGAUGAUCCUAGUAAUGGUUUGUAUUAUUCCAACCAAAAAAAAUAAUUUAUAUUAUUUGAAGGUGAGUCAAGGGAAGUUGUAUAUUCCUUUGUUUGUUGUGGGAGAGUUUUUUUUUAUUAUUUUUUUUAAAUGAGGCUGAAUAAUCAUCAAACAUUGAUGUCAUCAGUGUCCUGUAGUUUCUAUCGUCUUUAUAACAAUUACUGCACAGAAAAAGUAAAAACCUAAAGAAAAA